AUGGAUAAUUUUUGUAAUUAUAUUGUUAAUAAAUCUGAUAAUAGCAUUGAUAUAUGUAUUAGUUAUCAAUGUAAUAAGUAUGUUGAUCCAUAUUCAAUUAUGGUUACACCAAAUAAUUGUGAUUUAUUUUCAUCAAAAUCAAGUAUAGGAAAUCGUGUAUUGAUAAUAUUUAUUAAUUAUAUUGAUAAUGAUGAUAAACCAGUUCAUCAUAAUGAAUUAAUUCGUUUAGGAAAUCAUAUUGAUUUAUAUGAAUUAUUUAUUAAAAAUCUUCCUAAUAAUUAUUAUCUUUAUCAAUCAAUACAUUAUGAUAGAAAUUAUUCUCAAUGGCAUAUCAUCAAAGUUGAAUUGUAA